GUUCCAGAAGUACAGGGGGCUGAAGAGCUUCCGCACUUCUCCAUGGGACCCCAAAGAGAAUCUCCCAAGGGACUAUGCUAGGAUUUUCCAGUUCCAGGACUUCUCCCGAACCAGAAAGCACCUCUUCCGACAAAUUGAGAAAGAGGAGACUGAAGGAGCCUCGGUUGGCUGGUAUGUUACGCUUCAUGUCUGCAAUGUCCCUGUCUCCGUGAUGGAAAGUUUCAAAGAAGGGAAGCCCUUAGUCCUGUUCUCACUGCUUCCCCACGAACAAAAGAUGUCUGUGUUGAAUUUCCUGGUGCGGCGGCAUCCGAGCAACAGUGAGCCAGUGAGGGCGAAGGAGGAGCUGAUCUUUCACUGUGGGUUCAGGCGCUUCCGAGCAUCCCCCCUGUUCUCCCAGCACACCUCAGCUGAUAAGCACAAACUGGAGCGUUUCCUGCGCCCGGAUGCUGCCCUGGUGGUGACUGUUUAUGCUCCCAUCACUUUCCCUCCUGCCUCAGUCCUUCUUUUUAAACAGAGAAGUAAUGGAAUGCACGACCUCAUCGCCACGGGUUCUCUGCUUUCUGUGGACCCAGACAGAAUCGUCAUCAAGCGGCUGGUGCUCAGCGGCCAUCCUUUUAAGAUCUUUACCAAGACGGCUGUCGUGCGAUACAUGUUCUUUAACAGAGAGGAUGUGAUGUGGUUUAAGCCGGUGGAGCUGAGGACAAAGUGGGGUCGUAGAGGACACAUCAAGGAGCCAUUGGGGACCCAUGGUCACAUGAAGUGCCACUUCGAUGGACAGCUAAAGUCCCAGGACACUGUGCUUCUGAACCUCUACAAGCGUGUUUUUCCUAAAUGGACUUAUGACCCCCAUGUUCCGGAGCCCGUGCCAUGGGUGAGGAGCGAGAGCGCGCUGCCAGUGCAGGAGGUGGAAAUGGAUUAA